GUCACUGUCAGCUCUAGGUUGAAUCUCAAGUCUCAAACUCUUUUUCUCUCCUUUCCCAGGAAAGAGGCAUACGGGAACCCCAUUGAAGUAAUGAGGUGAAGAUGCACAAAGCAGGCUAAAGCAGCUGGCUACUAGCUACCUUCCAUACUCUACUGCAUCUGAGUCUUAAGACUGGGUCCUCCGGGUGUCCCCAUCCAAUGCUCCUGAAACGCCAUGAGCCACAGCUGGGGAGGAUUCACUACUCCAUAGACUGCCACAUCUCCUGCAGCCUAUCCCUCUCUGUCCUCGGGCUCCACCUGGCCCCGUCCACCCUUCCCCAUUGGCCGAGAUGAAAAAGGUGGGGCAGUGGUCGGCGGAGGAGGUGUCCCAUUGGCUGAGCGAGGAGGGGAUGCAGGAGUAUGGCGACUCCCUCCAGCAGACGGACGGCCCCGCCCUGCUGCGGCUCACCCCGGAUGACUUCCUGACCCCGCCCCUCUCACUGGUCUCCUCAGACAACGGACGGCAGCUCUUGGAACGGCUGGAGACCCUACGGAUCGAGCACCACAUUGAGGAGCACCAAAAAAAUGGCCACGCCAAUGGCCAUGGGAGGCUACCCAACGGCACUGCCAAGCCCCUGCGGAACGGCUCGCUGGGGCUCAACGGCUUCCGGAAGGAGAUGGUCCACAUCCCCAUCCCCAUGUCGGAGGCUGAACGCUCGGGGUUCCCCCAGGAGUGGGGCAAGACAGGCGUAGCAUUCCUCUACGCAGUCUGCUGCUUCGUCACUACCACUGUGGUCAUCUCGGUGGUCCAUGAGAGGGUGCCGGCCAAGGAGCACACCCCACCGUUGCCCGAUAAGUUCUUUGACAUUUUUGACCGGGUAGAGUGGGCCUUCUCUAUCUGCGAGAUCAAUGGCAUGCUGCUGGUGAGUCUGUUGCUGCUGCAGUGGACCCUGCUCAAGUACAGGUGAGACACAACAGUAGUGGGAUAAUAGAGUAGACCAUGGAGCAGUGUUUACCUGUUUAAAUUGUAACCUUUAACUUUGAACUUAUUUCUCUGGGAUACCCAAUGGCUGCAUUCCAGGCUGACUACAUUGCAAACGUCUGCCAGAUCUCACAACGCCUGAAUAUACGUUUAGCAUAUCAGCUAACCACAUUAUACAAUAUAGCAAUCUGAUGCUCAACUGUGCAGUCAAUGACGUGGUAUGCAACCAUUGGUUGAUGCAAUGCAAUGUCUGCAGUGUAGUCAGCCUGGAAUGUGACCAAAGAUAACUAACCAAUAACCUGUAUCUCUGUGUCCAGAUCAAUAAUCAUCCGUCGGUUCUUCUUCAUUGUGGGUACCCUCUACCUGUACAGAUGUGUCACUAUGUACAUCACCACUUUGCCUGUUCCAGGGAUGCACUUCCAAUGCUCUCCAAAGGUUUGUUUCCUUCCAAAUCCAAGCAACAAUAUGCUGUCAGUUGCUAACACUCACUGUGAGCUACCAGCGCCCACAUCUAUUUCCAUCAAUGAUGUCAUUGCUGCUGUAGCACUUGCAGUAUUCUGACUCUCUGGGCUAUUCUUGCAUAUAAACAUUACAGUUGGAGCUUAACAACAACACCCCCUAAAGACAAACUCAACAGAAAGAGAUCUAGACCUUGUUUUCAGUUUAACGCCCCCCAGUCCUCCUUGAUCACAUUAAACAUUUUAAAACGAUUCUGUUGCAUGUGUACAACUUAAAAUAGCUAUUUUUUAAUCACUUGAGUGCUCAUCAGGUCAGGCACGAGUUUCCUUUUACUGUUUUAGCUUCUCACAUCCUAACCAUGUGACUAAAGCGCCAGAGGAAGUAGAGGUAAUGUUUUACUGAGGUAGCGUGUGUGGUUUAAAUGUGACUCAUCUUAAUACUAUAAAGUUCUCUAUUGAAACUCUUUUGAAAUAUCGAAGAAUGGAAGUCACAAAAUGGUAGCUCCUCCCACCACAGAACAAAGCGGUGGGUGAGAGUUCAGUGUAUAGAAACAUUCCCACUCCCUCUGUUGCCCAAGGCCAGUGGGAGGGAUGUGUAUUGUUCCCUCGUUCCACCCUCCACCUUUCCUCGCCUCCUCCUCUCCUCUCUUCCCCUCCCAGCAACAGAUGAAGGUCUUUCUAUGUACUGUCAUGCCCUGGGCCUGGUUUCCUGUUCUAAACCUCUAUCUGAAUCUGCACAAGCUGUCCUCCAUCACAGAGACCUGCUGUGUGUGUGUGUGUGUGUGUGUGUUUAUUUGUGUGUGCAUGUGUUUGUGUGUGAAUGUGUUUGUGUGUGAAUGUGUGUGCAUGUGUGUAUUUGUGUGUGCAUGUGUGUGUACUACCCAGUGUGUACAUUCUCUCUCCCUCCUCCCUCGUGUGUGUGUGUGUGUGUGUGUGUGUGCGCGCACACGUGCUAAUAUAGUCUUGGUUGAGUCACACUGAGUAAUCCAGCUGUAUCAGAUCCACAAAGCUUGUCUUUUGUGUUCCCUAUUUGAGUUCAAAUGAAGCAUACAUAAUGGAGAACGCACACAGACGUGACUAGCUGACUGGACAUUGUUGAAUGAUUGACAUGUCAAAUUGACACAUUACGGUAUGUGUGUCGUUGCAGCUGUUUGGGAACUGGGAGGCUCAGAUGAGGAGGAUCAUAAAGCUGAUCGCCGGGGGAGGCCUGUCAAUCACCGGCUCCCACACGAUGUGUGGAGACUACCUGUACAGUGGCCACACAGUCAUUCUAACGCUAUCAUAUCUCUUUAUCAAAGAGUGUAAGUAUUACAUAGACACAACCAUGCUAACGCUAACCUAUCUCUUUAUCAAAGGGUUAAAGUAGUCUACAGAUUUACCGUCAUGCUAACACCAUCACUUUACUCUAUCAUUAUAAGCUUAGCACGUCUCUCUGUCCUUUCACCAUUUUUCUGUUCUCUUCUCUUUCACAAUCUGAGAUGACCAGUUGGCUGUUUUCCACUGCUCAUACAAAGGUUUUAGAAUUUCUGAAAUGGCUUGCUCAAGCAAUAGAGAGAUAAGCCAAUGUCUUGUGUAAACAGUGGUGUCACAUGAUGUUGUUGAACUGUACUGUUGUGACAUUAGCCACGUGUUUUAUGCUGCAGUGACAUCUAGUGGAUGGUUGUGGAAGUCUGGUUUGAAAGACUACAUAGUUUGUUCCAAAGCAAUGUGUUAGGUAAAUGCAUUUCAUUGUUGGUUAUUGAAACAAAAUAAUGUCUCUGUAUAUUCCAUUAACCCUUCACUGUCUCUCGCUGUUGUCAGAUUCCCCUAAGAGGUUUUGGUGGUACCACUGGUUCUGCUGGACUCUGAGUGCGGUAGGCAUCUUCUGCAUCCUGCUGGCCCAUGACCACUAUACUGUGGACGUGGUGGUAGCUUAUUUCAUCACAACACGUCUCUUCUGGUGGUACCACACCAUGGCCAACCAGCAGGUGGGGAGCCAACACGCCUGUCUCCAUUAUCGAAUGUUAAUGUAGCUUAUUUUAGCUUAAGUGGCACAAUUCUACUUGUAUUUAUUUUCUCUGUUGUGUUUUCAUUCAGGCGCUGAAAGAGAAGUCCCAGAGUAACCCGUUCUCCAGAGUCUGGUGGUUUCGACUGUUCCAGUACUUUGAGGAGAACGUCAAGGGCAUUGUCCCUCGAAAUUAUCAGCUGCCGUGUUCAUGGCGAUCGUCUCCGUGGAGCCUGGGGGUAAAGUACAGCAGAGUGGACACCCAGUGACCCAGGUCACGUGACAGGGGUGGGAGCUGAGUGAGAGACUUCCUGAAAUUGUGAUCCUCUGAAAGAGAUGGGAGAUGGUGGCAUGUCGUCAAGCCAGUGCUGUUCCCUUGACCUGUAGGGCUCAUAUCAGAAAAAUCCCUGUCCUGGCUAGCACUGUGACCGUAGUCUUACUUUAGCUCUACAAAUAAUUGUAUUUUGGAAAAGGUUUUUGAAAACGUAGCGCACUACUUUGAUCAUGUAUGUUUUUCUUGGAACACUUUGCAAUUGCUGCGUUGUCUGCAGCAGAUCUGGUUAAUAUUUCAAUAUUAUAUUUCAAUUAUUUUUGUUCGUUUUGACCAUGGCUGUAACAAGUAGUUUAGACUCUUUUUCUCUGCAAAUAAUUGGAGCAAUUCUGGUCCGAUAAGGUCUACCAAGUGCAAAUCAGGUCACUGAAAUGUUUAUUUGAUAACCAAAAUGCCAUACGUUGUCUGGGGGAGUUUUAGAUGCAAAACAUUUUUUUCUUUUUUAACAAAUUACUUUUGUCAACUACAACAUGGCAAUGGUGCAAAAAAAUAUUUUUUUUCUAACAAUUGCAACUUUAUUUUUCAAAACAAAUAAUGUCCCAAAAAAUAUUUUUAGAUUUUUACCUUUUUCAAGAUUGAAUGCUGAAAGCAGAAGAAUCUGUGGUAUUUAGAAUUUUUCCAGUGCCUUCCUUAGCUUGAUUGUACUAUGUGUCUGUGUUCCUCUGCCUCGCGCGUGUCUGUCUGGCUGCCCACAAGAUCGGCAUGAGGCGGUUCCAAAUGAUCAUUCAAGUCUUGUUCGAAUGAAUGUAAGAAUAAUAAUGCCAGCCUUGUAUGGUAAUUAGUCUUCCCAAAACCAAAAACAGUGAGAUGAGUGAAAUGUCCUGUCUAUUUAUUUAUGUUUUCAUAUAUAAUUAUUUUUUCCAUAGCCGGUGCUGUUAUAGCAGUUAUUGAAGGACCGUUAAGUUGUUUAGUAAUGUCCUAAUAAUUGAAUGACCCUUAGCCAGUCUUGACCGUGUUCUAAUCUUGUUCCAAUCCUAUUCCAAUCAUGUCCUUGCAAGACAGUAGUGCAUAGCUGCGGUCCUAGAGGGUGUUCAGUCCUCUAACAUGUCAUUAAGACUUUAAAUCUCAUUGGCUUGCUAAUCAUCUUGUAUCAAAGGUCUAGAUUAGUUGCUAACUUUGAAAGAAUGAUGAAAACCAGGAAACCCUCUGGAUCUCAAGGACUGAACUGGAGUUGUGUCUUUGUAAGAGAUACUGAAUCCCUCUUUUGUCAAACAGUGUUCUCCAUACAGACCCACAAUGCAUCUUUCUGGCUGUUGUAGACUUGGCCAAUAGAGCAGUGUGUUCCUGAAUGCAGCCUGCCAGAAUGUCUUACUGAUAAAUAGGGCCGGGACGACAACAGUAUCGCAAUAUGUUUUCCUUUGCAAAAAUGAAAACCCGAAGCAGACCACGUCUUCGGUCCUUUUAAAAACCUGCUGUAUGUAAAA